UGGGCGUGUUUGAAGGGAUGCUGCCCAGGUAUAAACAGGAUGCAGUAGGACAGUCACAAAGACAGAGAGAGACAGAGACAGAGACAGAGAACCACCUCAUACAGUGUUCUGUGGCGAUGGAGAUCCCCUCUACAGUCAAACAGCCAGACCAAGAGGAUCCCAAGAAGGAGAGGACAGACGGAGAGCCGGGUGAGAACGAGGAAGAAGAAGAGAGACCACAGGUGAUGGAAAAUGGAACACAAGAUGAACGCAAGCAGUGGUUUCCUAACCCUAACAUGGUGUCUGACUGUAAGCAGAUGGCCAGGGAGUCCAGUGUUUCCUACACCCUGGGGAAGGAGUUUUUCCUUAUCGCUGGUCAUGAAAUCUGCAUUAGAGAGUCUCUGGACUCCUAUGGCGCCCUUGUCUGGCCAGGGGCGGUGGCUCUAAGUCAGUUCCUGGAGAAUAACCGGCAGCAGGUGAAUCUCCUGGAUAAAGCGGUACUGGAGAUUGGAGCAGGGACAGGCUUACUGUCUAUUGUGGCUAGUCUACUGGGUGCCUGGGUAACGGCCACCGACCUACCCGAAAUCCUUCCCAACCUGACCUUUAACCUCUCUUGGAACUCCAAGGGCCGCUGCCGCUACACGCCCCAGGUGACUGCCCUCACCUGGGGUCACGACCUUGAGAAAGACUUCCCUAGCACUUCCUGUCACUAUGACUACGUGCUAGCAGCCGAUGUAGUGUAUCACCACAACUACCAGGAGGAGCUGCUGGCGACCAUGCACCACUUCUGCAAACCAGGAAGUGGCACCACGCUGAUGUGGGCCAAUAAGGUGAGGUUCCAGUCAGACGUGAAGUUCACAGAGAGAUUUAAGAGUUGUUUUGAUACAACACUGAUGACAGAACAAAAGGACGUGAUGAUCUUCAAGGCCACGGCACGAGAGUGAAGAGAGGAGAGGGGAUAGAAUGGAGAUACCAGGGAGUAGAGGAGACUCAGAGGAAAAGUGUUGAGAAAGAGAAAUAAGAGAGAUUGUUCCACUGUGGAUGGAUGAAACAGGAGCUCACUACAGACUGCCUGGAGCCCAUUGUGUGGGUACAUUCAUUUUAGAUGGAUAACAAAAGCAGAUUCUGGGUUUCAAGGACAUUGCUGUGAGCUAAAUUAUAUUUACAACCCAUAUCCUGCAAAAAACCCAGAAACCAAAAUGAAUCUAAAACAUGUGACUUUUCAAAAUGCAAUUUUAUCUACCAAUGUUUUUUCAUACAUUUGAUACAAUGACAAAUGUUUUGUAAAUACAUUUGCUUUGCACUACAGUGUGAAAAAUGUGUUAAUUUCUCGCUACUUACGCAUAGUCUGCAUUGGCAUCAACACAGAUAUUCUCAAAGUUAAUAUAUGUACAUAGACAUCUACUAGAGACAGUAUCACCUGCAUUUAUGACAAUGGUAAACAAACCCUUCUCCACUAUACAUGAAAACAGACUAGUUCAACAAGGUAAGCUCUUACACUGAGUACACAAAACAUUAACAAGUGCUCUUUCCAAAGUUAUAAUCCCUUAUCGAUGUCACUUGUUAAAUCCACUUCAAAUCAGUGUAGAUGAAGGGGAGGAGACAGGUUAAAGAAGGAUUUUUAAGCCUAGAGACAACUGAGACAAGGAUUGUGUAUGUGUGCCAUUCAGAGGGUGAAUGGGCAAGACAAAACAUUGAAGUGCCUUUGAACAGGGUAUGGUAGUAGGUGCCAGGCGCACCAGUUGGUGUCAAGAACUGCAACGCUGCUGGGUUUUUCACGCUCAACAUUUUCCCGUAUGUAAUAAGAAUGGUCCUCCUACCCAAAGGACAUCCAGCCAACUUGACACAAAUGUGUGAAGCAUUGGAGUUAACAUGGGCCAGCAUCCCUGUGGAUCCCUGUGACACCUUGUAGAGUUUAAGCACGAUCAAUUGGGGCUGUUCUGAGGGCAAGGGGGGGCAACUCAAUAUUGGGAAGGUGUUCCUGAUGUUUAGUAGAUUCAGUGUAUAUCGACAUAUUUAGAGAACUGCAAGAUUUCAUGUUUCUUAGCACAUUUCACUAGUGUUGUAGUGAGCAGAAUCAGAAAGCAUCUCGUUUUCUCUCACUCACACACACACUUAUAUCUUGAUGCUGCUAAAUGAUCUGUCAGUAUGCUUUGAGAAUACAUAAUAUCUAUUGCUGGGCCCAACUGAAGUACAAAGGUCCAAAGUCCAUCUAACAGUUUCACUCUAAGAGCAGCGGAACACUCUCUCAAUCUCAACCAAUGAACAGUCAGAAUGCCAUGCCACUCAGGAGUUCCAUCUCCAUGGUAACGUUAUUGUGUAGAACCUGAUUUGCUGUUCUGGACUGUCUUGAGUGUUUGUCUGGGUCCAGGUGUUGUCACGAUGGCGACGCAUUUUCCCAUCAAUGCCCUUUGAGGUGUAUGUUUUUUUCCCUCUUUUUUACAGUUUCUCUCAUUGUUCUACUCUAAACGUAAAGCGUUCAAAAAAAUAUUCAGUUGGCAGCACUUCCUUGUGUACUAAACACAACCUCAAAGAGCUACGGUUGGUCUGAUCCGGAACGUCUGAGCUCCCUUCUUCGUCCUCCGUUU